AUGAAAAAUAAAAAUUUGCAAAAGUGGGUGUCUGAAUUAUUAGAAGAUUCUGAAGAGGAAAUGUUAUUGGAUGAUGACUUAACAGGAUAUUCGAGCUCUAACGACACCGGCGAUGUAAGCGAUGAUAAUGGUGAGCUAGGUGAAUCUGAUCAAGAAGAUUCUUAUCAGGAGGAUGAUGAUACACUUUCUACAUAUAUUGAAACAUAUGGUAAUGAAUCUGAUGCAAUUUGGCAUGAGAAUACAAAGUCGAUACCAUCGUUUCCAUUUAACGAAUCAGGGGGCGUCUGUGGCGAAAUUCAAAAUGACGCAACUCCGCGAAUGGUAUUUCAAAAAUUUUUUGAUGAAGACAUAAUUAAUUUGUUGACUUCUUCAUGCAAUGCUUACGGAAAAAAAUUGGAAAAUAAUGAUACCAAACCGUCGACAAGAAAGCGACCUAAAAUAAUUUUUCCUGAAACAUCAAAAGAUGAAAUGCUUAAAUUUUUGGGCUUGUGCCUCCUACAGGGCCAGAACAGAAAACCAUCCAUUAAAAAAAUGUUUUCAAAAAAUAAAUUGUACUACCAACUAGUAUUUGCGGCUGUUAUGUCUGGAAGACGUUUCCAGCAAAUUCUAAGAUGCUUUAGUUACCACGAGUCAUAUGAGCAAGUUAAAUGGACAGGAAAGCUGGAAAAAGUAAUACCGCUUUUGAAUUUAGUUUUAAGAAGUUUUAGAAAUAACUACAGACCUAAUAAAGAAUUGUCCUUAGAUGAGUCUCUAAUGCUUUUUAAAGGAAGACUAUCGUUUAAGCAAUACAAUAAAGGGACACGUGCUAAGUACGGCAUAAAGUUUUAUGAACUUACAUCAAAUGAUGGCUUCAUUUUAAAUGCUGAAAUUUAUGCAGGAAAAGUUAUAGAAGAUACGAUAGGAUCGAAAACAAAAACUGUAGUCUUGAAACUUAUGGAUUCAUUUCUUAACCGUGGCCACCAUUUAUUUAUGGAUAACUACUACAACAGCGUUAAAUUGUCUCAAACGCUACUUCAUUACAAAACCCACACCACGGGUACCUUACGUUUUAAUCGCAAGCCAAAUCCUAAAUGUAUAACCACUAAAAAACUAAAGAAUGGAGAAAUGAUUUGGAGAAGAACUGGAAAUGUUUACGUUACAAAAUGGAAGGACAAACGCGAUGUUUUAUCCAUAACUACGGCACAUCACCCAUGUCUUAUCGAAGUAUCCAAUAGAAGAGGCCAAAAGCAGAUGAAACCAAUAGACGUUGUUGCUUAUAAUGCAAGAAAAACUAUUAGAUGGUAUAAAGAGGUCCUGUUUCAUAUCCUGGAUAUGGCUGUGUGGAAUUCUUAUUGUAUGUUUAAACAUAACAGUAAACGGAAUAUAUCUAUAUAA